AUGCCGAUUGAGAGUCAAUUACGAGACAUCAAGCGAUACAUCACCACCAACAAUGAAGCCGGCGAGUCAGUUUUCUCAUCGGUAGACGACAACCCGCCAGCCGUCACAAACCCGACGCCUGCAAAUCUCUUUUUCUGCUACGCCACCCAAAACUUCCCCGUCGACAUCAAGCACGAGAAAGACAUAGAGCGAUACCAACACUUCAUCGAUAACCCACCAGGAAUCAUCAUCCCUGGUGGCUCGGCAGCACGUAUUGUCGACUUUCCGCCCGAUUUCACAUCGGCAAUGCAUCGGACUGUUAGUGUCAACUACAAUUUUGUUAUUGAUGGGGAAGUUGAGAUUAUGCUAGACUCAGGAGAGAUGAGGCUGAUGAAACCUGGGGAUGUGUUGGUGCAGAGGUCGGUAAAUCAUGCUUGGAGGAAUCCUAGUAGUACGAAGUGGGCUAGGAUAGCAGCUGUUUCGUUUCCUGCGGUUGCUGAUGGGAUGAAAGAAAGUGGGUUGGAGGGUGUGCUCAAGUCUGAAUAG